AUGGGCAAGUCACCUGUGCGUCGAGUAUUUACGCUCGUGUCAUCAAGCAGUGUGCUAAGCUAUCGUCGGAAGAUUUCUGAACCUGCUGACAAUCAGCAGCUCGAGCAGCAGCCAGCGGCCAUGGAGCAGCAACAGCAACAAAAUCAUUUAGAUCACAAAAAAUAUCAACCAACACUUCAAUCUCAGCCACAUCCACCAAGCAUCUCCAGCACCAACAAUCAUCAAGGUACAGAAAGAAAGAUGCAAUUUACCCGUCGCAUGCCACACAAUCCAAAACGACCGCAACGUGCAGUGGUCAAGCAGCGGCGGUGGAAGCCCAAGAUAACGCAGCCUGUCCUAUUGCCGCAGCGAAGCUGGAAUAAAAGUGGGAAGGAAGUAGACGAUGAGGAGGAAGACGAAGAGACAACUUUUUUUAAAGCACAGCGCCGGACGCAAAAGCUGCUGGCGAGCGCGGCCGAUGGAAAAAUCAAGAACGCGAUAGUGACGAAAGUUACAACGUCUGAGAUUUUUUUGGCGGAAACAUCAAGUCAAGAAACGCAGAGUGGAUCUGAAGAUGAGAACUUGUUCAUGCCUUACAGCAACCUGUCAACGUUUGUGCGGUCUCCUGCCCAGCUGCACGGAGUGAAACAGCAGGAGACUACGGCCGUACAGAUGGAGCAAAAAGAAGUUAUUAAACAGAUACGGCCGGUGAAGGCGAUAGCAAGACGAACGGAAGCCCAGGAAGCGCGGAAUUCAGGUCAACCUUUGAUUUGGUGGAACCAGUGCCAAAAAGUCAAGCGGCAACAAAAGCAAAAGCUUGUGGCAGCCAAGGAUCAAAAACGGCCUUUACGCGAACAAAGGCAAUUGCACAUGGACUUAAACACGCAUUCAUAUGAUGUUGUGGAUGCGAAUGAGGGCAAUUCACUAAACGAAGACAUUGUUGAAUUGAACAAAAUUGUUCCAUACAUCGUGGUUGGCAAUGUAGCUUGUCCUAUUGCAACUAAUGGGCAACGACCUAUGCGGGCUGGUAUGGCGGAAAAGGGCAAAGCUGUUGACAUGAUUAUGGAGGAUUUUUGCCAGCACCUGAUUCAAAAGACACAGAUGCGAUAUCGCGAUAGCUUCGUGGUGGAAGACUCAGGGUUUGAUGCAGCUUCGAGCUACGACUUUUUUAAUAGUCGUUUCACAGAAAUCCAAAAUAGUACCAGCAUUGUGUACUUCUAA